AUGAAUCAGUUCGUGUUGUGUUUUCAAACGGUUCACGUCGCAGGUGCGUGUCUGUGGGCGAAGAAAUCCAAGUGAUAUAUAGUGUGGAGUGUUUGAACGCCAACAAAAGAGCCAGUUCCAGCUGGCUCCACUACUAUCGUUCCGCCCCUAAGCCUGACGAUUCUCUCACAUUGCUAUGCGAUUCGUAGCGUAAAAAGCUCAGCUCAGCGAUCAUUUUCCAGAGGCCAACCACUGGUAGUCGUGCGAUUCGUAUGCAUCGUGGCAUUUGGAAUGUUGAACCUGUGUUGCAAAAGCGAGUAGCACUUUUACUUUUACCUCGUCCUAUAAGGUGUGUUCUAUAAGAAUCAAAAGUGUGACAAACAGAUUGGGUCUUAUCGAAAAUACAAGAUCGCUAUCAGUUUGCUUAUUUAACUUACUACACUGGAGUCUGUAUAAUAGUGCUUCGCAUUGCAUUGGAACACCCAACAAUGGACUGCAGAGUCUAUUUCGGUUUGGCUGUUUUUCUGCUAUUAGCUGUCAACCACAAUGGACAAACGACCGCCAGCAUAGUGACCAAUCAUGAUCGCGUUGUGGUAUGCUACAUUUCGACGUGGGCCGUUUACCGGAAAGGUUCGGCUUCGUACAGUUUGGAUCACUUUGAUCCAAGACUGUGUACGCACGCUAUCUACGCGUUCGCCGGUCUGGACGUGGACAAUAAUGCUAUGCGACCGCUUGAUCCGUGGCAAGAUUUACGCGAUAACUAUGGCAAAGGCGGCUACGAGAAACUGGUUGGAAUGCGAGCUACGAAUCACCACUUGAAGGUGUUGAUCGCAAUUGGUGGUUGGAAUGAAGGAUCGGAGAAGUAUUCGGACUUAGCAGCGAAACCAGAGCGGCGUCAAGCAUUCGUAAAAAAUGCACUGGAGUUUGUGAAACGUUACAAUUUCGAUGGUUUGGAUUUGGACUGGGAAUAUCCAACACAACGUGGCGGUAAACCUUACGAUCGGGAGAAUUUCGUGUCUCUCGUGAAAGAACUUAGUCAACAGUUCAAGAAAAAUAAUCUACUCUUGACGUCCGCAAUCGGAGCGGGAAAGGACACAAUUGAUUCGGCGUACGAUAUCAAAACCCUGUCUAAGUACCUAGAUUUUCUUCACAUUAUGUGCUAUGAUUAUAAUGGCAGUUGGAACAGAAAAAUCGGUCCAAAUGCACCACUGCAAAGUCGAGAUGUUUUGAACGUUGAGUAUACGAUCGAACAUUUAAUGGCUCUGGGUGCUCCGUCCAGUAAAAUCGUGAUGGGACUGCCAUUCUAUGGACGAACCUUCCUGACUCCAUCAAAGCGGGCAAAAAUUGGGGAUGAUUCAGACGACAAAGGUUUUGCAGGGCCUUCUACCAACGAGAAUGGUUUCAUGGGAUACAAUGAAGUGUGUGAAGCACUGAAAGAAAAUCCAGAAGGAUGGAACGUUGCAUGGGACCCAACAGCUUCGGAAGCUAUAGCCACCAUGUUGGAUGGCAAUAUGACUAAGGUUGUAAUCUACGAUAGCACUCGAUCGAUGGCCAAUAAGGUGAGAUUUGCCAUUCGUCAAAAUCUGGCAGGGUUGAUGAUUUGGUCCGUGGACACGGAUGAUUUCAAUGGUGUAUGCGAACCUGAAAAUGAUACCUUUGCCGAUUUCGGUGAUCAAAUAAGGGUGAAGCUGGAUAUUCCGCCGCCGAUUCAGGAUAAAUAUAAACUGUUAAGGACUGUUAACGAUGCUAUCAUAGUGGCUACCGAUGAGUUGAACCAAGAAAAUGAGAUUUCUAAUUUGCCUGAUGAUGUUGACGCAUCCACACAUAAAGUACCGGCAUCCGGAGCGGCCUACUCUAUUGGGUCGAGGUGGUUAGGUUUUACAGCAGUAUUUAUGCUAGUUAGGUUUUAAUAAAAAAAAUGUGAAAAUUGACAGUAUCAGCCCUAAUUGUGUAAAUAAAUUAUGUAAAAAGUGUA